AUGAGCGAUGAUGCCUCGCCGAGCUCUACGGCGCCGAAUGAAGCUUCCACGGCCGAAUCAGUCAAUGUUUCAUCCGGCAGCCGUGUCACAUGGAACCUACCACGCGAGCAUUCGAGAUCAGCUCGGUCGCGCGCCCAGUUGCACCCUCAGCGUCGCAAGAAGAAGAAAAGCAGGAAGAAGCGCAACCCUGGAUUAGCGAGAAAGUUGGAAUUGGUCACACAUUUGCUCAGGAGUCUUGAUACCCUGGUUUUCGCGGAGCUGAGUGGAUUGUACUAUAUGGAGUGCUCAAUGUUUCGAUUCAUCCUAAGAUCUGUUGGCCAGUACUUAUACCUCACGCCGAAGGAUGAAUCAUUUCCGUUCUUAAUGCCUGCGAGUCCUAUACACGUGUGUCUCGUUCUCAUUCCCAACAUCAUUUGCAUACUUCUGCAUAUCUUUGUUUCUCUGCCUGUCGGUCCUGACUACCACCGAGGCUAUAUGCACGGUGGCCUGGUGAUCGACUUCAUAGGGCAAAAGCCCCCCACCUCUCGCAUUUACUAUGUUCUAGUAGAUGUCAUGAUCCUCGCCGUCCAAUGCUUAAUGCUGACGGUCCAUACUGAGCGGGAGAGACUACGGGUGACUCUUAAGACCUUCCGACCUAUGGUACCUGACGUGGCUCAGGAGAUGGGUCCUACCAUAGAAGAUCUGGAUGCGGAAGAGCGUGGAGUAUCAAGGGACAUGCCCGGCUCAUUACCAGCUGAUGAGGAGGAUGGCAUCGAGUUGCAACCCUUGCGACGCACCAGUACAACUGAAGAGGCCAACUCAACCUCGGGAGAAUCAGAGCCGUCGGCUAGAGAACCACCGAUCCAUGAACCAACACGGUCACAUCUGUCUGAUGUCCUGAGUUCCGGAAAUGCGAUCAUCGGCGAAUAUCAUGUCCUUCACUCACUUCACAAUGCAGCGUUGAAUAUUGAGAGAACAGCCGCAUAUUCUCUCCGUACAAUUAGCUAUGGAGCAACUAUGGCUUCCAUUGAAGCGCGGAGACGAGGUCUCAAUGUGCCAGCUCGAACAGUUCAGAACGAUAGACAAUGA